AUUUCAUUUGCGCAACGCCACUACGCCAGAGUGCCAUUUCGUUCUCAAUACACGAAGUACAGGCGGCGGCCGGCGGUACGGUACAGCUGACAACUAAAUAAACCGACAACUAAAAGUGCCUCAACCUAUCAAAAAUUUGACCGGGCCAGCUUGCUUCUGUCAUCACAAUGGAACAUGGAACUGUAACCAUCUUGGAUCCAUCGGAGAUCUACAGGCCCGAUGUCAACGAGAAACAGUUUGAAGGAACCGAUUUCAAACCCUCGGCGAAGGAGAUUGAAAAGUUUAGACAGUUUGUCGAACACCCUCCUGAAGAUGACCCCCAAUUGGCCAUGAUCAAGAACACUUACAAGUUGAUGCACACCCAUCAAACGGUUGAGUACGUCCGUAAGAAACAUGAGCAAUGGUGCAAGUUUGAUCGUGGCGAGUUCACAAUUAUGAAAGCAUUGGAGUUUAUCAACACUAUAGUUGAUGAAUCAGACCCAGAUACCAGUGUGCCUAACAUUUACCAUGCCUUCCAGACAGCCGAGAGAAUCCGUGAACGACAUCCUGACAAAGAGUGGAUGAUUCUGACGGGACUUAUUCAUGACCUGGGAAAGGUCAUGGCAGCUUGGGGUGAACCACAGUGGUCUGUUGUUGGCGAUACAUUUGUUGUUGGCUGCGCCGUUGCUGACUCCAUCGUCUACAGGAAAACCAGCUUUGUCGACAACCCUGAUUUGAAUAACCCAGCCUACAACUCGAAGUGUGGCAUUUAUGAAGAACACUGUGGCUUGGCCAAUGUGAUGAUGUCAUGGGGUCAUGAUGAGUACUUUUACAGGGUGCUAAUUGAGAACGACUGCAAGCUUCCAGAGGAGGGGCUGUACAUGAUCCGCUACCACUCUUUCUACCCGUGGCACACUGGCGGUGACUACAUGCAUCUAUGCAACAACAAGGAUAUGGAGAUGCUCAAAUGGGUCCGAGAAUUCAACCAAUUUGACCUGUAUUCCAAGAGUGACGGGUUGCCCGACCUGGACGCGCUUCGGCCGUAUUACCAGGCUCUCAUUGACAAGUACAUCCCUGGUACCCUGAAGUGGUAGGCAGGCAUCAUCCAUCUGCUGAAAGCCACUUUUCCAUGUAUUAAUAUAUGAUUACAUUUUUUUUUAUUGAAAGGUGAUGUGGUGUUAAUUAUAUAAUUAUUAUUAAUUAUU